CCGAGCGCCUUGCCUGCUUCUCUAUGCAGGGCAGGGAGAAAGUUCCAUGGCAUAAACCCUAAGGUGGUGGUCUUGCCUUCACUGCUGCUUUGCUCUUGGCCAGGCUGGCAAGGGCAAGGCAAGGCCAAAGGAGAUCCCAACUUGGCUUCAAGUGAGCAAAUCCUGCAUAGGCUUUUGUCACCAUGGACUGGAAGACAUUGCAAGGCCUGCUGAGCGGAGUGAACAAGUACUCCACAGCUUUUGGGCGCAUCUGGCUCUCUGUCGUCUUUGUUUUCCGGGUCCUGGUUUACGUAGUGGCUGCUGAGCGAGUGUGGGGAGAUGAGCAGAAGGACUUUGACUGCAACCACCGGCAACCUGGGUGCACCAAUGUCUGCUAUGACCACUUCUUCCCUAUCUCCCACAUCCGCUUGUGGGCCCUGCAGCUUAUUUUUGUCACCUGUCCUUCCCUGCUGGUCAUCAUGCACGUGGCGUAUCGCGAGGACCGAGAAAGGAAGAACAGAGAGAAGAACGGGGAGAACUGUCCCAAGCUCUACAGCAACACUGGCAAGAAACAUGGUGGCCUUUGGUGGACUUAUCUCCUCACCCUUUUCUUCAAAUUGGGUAUAGAGAUUGUCUUCCUCUACCUUCUGCAUCGGAUAUGGGACAGCUUUGACCUGCCACGCCUGGUCAAGUGUGACCUGCAUCCAUGCCCAAAUACAGUUGACUGCUACAUUGCAAGGCCUACAGAGAAGAAGAUCUUCACCUACUUCAUGGUGGGAGCCUCAGCCCUUUGCAUUGUCCUCACCGUGUGCGAGAUCUUCUACCUCAUCUUCAAGCGGGUGGUCCGCUCGAUGCAGAAACUAAAGAAGAACAAGAAGUCACUCACUUACAGCAAGGCAUCUACUUGUCCGUGUCACUCAAGGAUGGAGCACGAUGGAAAAUUAAAGAACUCGCCGGUAGAUGCCCUCCGAGCCUCAGCACCUAACCUGACCUUAAUCUGAGGGGAGGGGAGGGAAGGGCAAGUUCAAAAUGGUUGACUUCCAGUUGGAUUAUUUCAUUGGGACACCCAAGUGGCAUUGUGAAAUGUGAGAUGGGGUAAGAGGAUCCAAACUGAGGUCUCCCCUUGUGUUGCAAACAGAAUUGCCCACAAGGGGAAGCACCACUAUGUUUGUUGAGGCCUAAAGGCAACACUAUGGCCUUCAAGACCUGUUUACAUGUUAGCAUGACUACACUAAACAUGCAUGGUUCAGACAUUCCGGUGCAAGGUAUGGUUUUGGCCACCACUGGAAAAAGUUGCAAACCUUCAAACCCUAAAGUUUUAUGACUUUUUGUUUUGUUCUGUGCCCCCCCCCCCACUUUAAACUAUCUCAGUCUAUGUGAUUAAUAUAGAUAAUCAGCUAAAAGAGUCAUAUCUGUGCAACAUGUUAUGGUCGUUGGAAGAUCCAUAGCAGCCAAUGGCCUUUAGCUUUGCAGAUGCUUAUGGAGUGUUGCAGAGUCACUAAAUUGGGUUAGCAGGAGAUGUAAUUGAGGAGAUUCCAUUAAUAUUCCUUAUUGGUUCUCCAAGAACCAAGAUUCUGCCGUUCUGCAAGCAAAGCUACACAUAAACAUAAAAACCCCUCUCUCUUUUUGUUUUGGUUUUUGCCAACCAAAUGUUUGCCUAAGAAAUUCUAAGUGAAUCUGGUCAUAUCUCUCCAUAGAACACAUGUAGAACUUGAUGGAAACCAAGGGAGGGGGGAAAUAUACAUAAUUUAUACUGCAAUUGCAUUCAUAUGAAAGGAAACAGCCUUAUCUCUUUCUCUCUCUCAGACCCUACUCUAGAGCAAGUGCCUUUCUGCUGGACUGUUUACACACUUCUUAUGUAUCAGAGGAUAUACCUCCGAAAUAAGGAUUCUGUUCAGCAAAGCCAAAUGAGAAUACCCAAAUAUUCUCCUUUGGUACAACUUUUGAAGAAGGACGUGGAUCCAAAGACCGCAAAAACGGAGGGGAGGACUGUGUUUGGAAUAUUUUCAACCUGUGGAUAGUUGAAUCUAUGGACAAAGGAUUCAUGGAUAGGGAGGACUGACUGUAAUAAGAAGAAAGGUUUCAUUCUAUGGGAUGGGAAAAUGUGGCUCUCCUCAUGUUGCUGGAGUACAGCUUCCAGCGUUCUUCACCAGUGACUUUGGUGCCUAGGACAGAUGGAAGGUGUAGUCCAACAUCUGGAUUGCUAUGCAUUCCUGAUCUCUGUGAUCCUCUUUGUUCUGGGAUAUUUUGGGAUGAUCUUUCUGCAUCAGUAAAUUAGUUUCCUUGCCCAGAACACAUCCAAAGCACUUAGACUGAGUCAGACAUUGGUCAAACUGUCCGGGUACGUCCUUAUCUUGCUUUCCCCAAAACAAUUCUCUGCAGAGGUGUGGAUGAACAAUUCUCACCCUCCCUUGCCAGCCCUGCCAACAUGAGUUUGUUACAGUGUUGGUACAAAGUGGGGGAAGUGGACUGGCAUGACUAUUGACUGCUAUCUCCCUGGCAACAGAGUUACAUUAGCAUCCAAACAUUUCUGAUGUAACUUGAUAGCCAGCUACUCCAGCGACCACAACAAACUGCUUAGGGAGGAGCUCUUUCUAGCAUCAUGGCGGCCAGUUGUAAUUUUUUUUAAUAAUUAUUAUUUUCAAGAUUGUGUAGGGUAGGAUGAAAAGCUGCAGUUCAGAUGGAAAAUGUAGUUGUUAAUGGUGGGGUGAAAGAAAUAAAUGGUGCUUCAACCCUUAGAAUGACUACAACAGUUCUGAACACGCUAGCUAAAUCAAUCUUAUCAUCCGCAGAACGCUUCAUAUCAUUUUUUUCAAUGGGCCGUUCCAUUUAUGUGAUGUCAAAUCUAUAGCAGUCCAGAUGGGGCUGGACUGCAACUCCCAGCAGACUCAAUAGUGAGGGAUGAUGGGACUUGAAAUCCAACAUCCGGAUAGUCAAAGGAGGCACUCCUCUUUUCCAGUGAUGCUCCGAAGAAAUUUCCUGGAAUAGUAAAUCCUUGAGAUUUCCGAGACUGCCCCCUCCCCCCAAAAAAAUAGAUCCAUUCUGCAUAAUAUUCUUUUAAAAAUUCCCUGCUUAAGGAAACCUUAAUCAAAAUAGGAUUUUUAAUUAUAAAAGUCACACUCACAAACACACACACACACAAAUAUAUUGCCCUGGAAUCAUGUUAAGUUGGCCUGAAGCAUUGGGGCGAUUCAAAAUGGCAGCCGAAAUACCAAUAGUGCUUCUUUCACCAAAAAGACCCCUUACGUCAGACCUCCUUGGAGGUCUUUAAGCAGAGGCUGGAUGGCCAUCUGUCAGGGAUGCUUUGAUUUGGAUUUCCUGCAUGGCAGGAGGUUGGACUGGAUGGCCCUUGGGGUCUCUUUCAACUCUAUGAUUCUAUGACAUUGUGGGCCCCAGGUGGUGUUAGAUUCCAACUCCCAGUAUGCCUUAACCAUUAACAUUUCACAGAAGAAAACUAAGACAUGUGUGGCCAAGCAAUACCAGAGUGCGGUCAAGAUGGCAAAAGAGUUUAAUGAGCAAAAAGAGAUGAACUAGGAGAGGUUGCAGCAGUUUGCUUUUGCCUAAGCCUACUGGAAAGACAGCCUCUUCCUCUCCUGUCCACUCCUGCUGAGUUAAAGGCACGCAAACUCCUUUUGCACUUUGAACUCCGUUAACAGCAAUUGAAGUAAGCUGAGGAUGAAGGCGGAAAGCAGAAGGAGGAAAGAGAAACUGAGACAUUUUAGAAGCGGCUGAAAAAGUGGGAAGACAGAGAAUUAAUCCGGCAAUCCCUGCCAAAUUAGGACAGUUGGAGGGUAUAGCAUUCCACACUAUUGACUAUGUUGUCUAUGGCAACAGCAAGAGCUGCAGUGGAAACCUCCAUGGCUCACACUUGGGCACAAGCUGUGCAAUACACACCCUUCCCUUAAAGAGUAAAUGAGCUGUCUCCCAAGUCUCUCUUUCAGUGAUCUUGGAUAGAAAUUCAACAGGGUGCUGUAUUUGCCUAUCAAUCCUUUGUCCAUGAGUUUUUUUGCUUGUUUCUGUUUCUAAGGGGUUUAUUGGCAACCGAACACAAAGGAAGUGUUGACUAAUGAGCGUCGGUUCCUCAAAGGAGAGGACCUGGUUUGAAAGGAAGGUGGGCCUUCUCUGUAUGGGGGUAAAAAAUAGCAAGGGUGGCUUUGAAAAGAAGAGUUUAGCAAACAUAACAUUACAAAGGGCAUCGGGGAUAGGGAAAAAAUGCCCCAGGGGAAAAUAAGCAAGACCAGACAUUUCGACAGUCCGAGGUUGCUUCAGUUGCUGCAAACUGUAUCCAAAGUGCAAUCUUCCAGGGCAAACCGGGAAGAUAAACAUUAGAGGAAGAAAGUGAGUUUGAAGCAAAGGCUGGAACCAAGCAGGUGCAGAGGCAGGGCAGGAGGCAAUGAAACAGUAAAAGUUGAAAGAGGAAUUAAAAUAAAGGUAUACAGAAGUAGCAGAAAGGCAGGCAGGUUACACCACCCUGAGACAAAAGUCCUGUUGCUUUAGGCUUUUCAGGCUUUCACUUUAUCAGGAGUUAUUUUUUAACAUGUCAGCUCUCAUUCUAAGAAAUCCCAACACAAUAUCCUUUGUGUAUCACAAAGGAUCCAAGAGAUCCAAGUCUUCUCUGUUCCCUCUGAACCUAGCCUUAAUCCUUUCAGAAGCUGGAAAUAUGGGGGGGCUUUCCCAGUGAUAACAUAGCCUCCGACAUUUCACAGGUGAAAACAGGGACAUGUGUGGCCAAGCAACAUCGAAGUGUGAUCAGCAUGGCAAAAAUUAUUAAUGAAGAAUAACACAUAAGCUGGGCUGCAGCAGCUGGCUUUUGCCUGAGCCUACUGCAAAGGGCUCUCUCCUCUGCAGAGUUCAACUAUGUUUGCGGUCUGGAUUCAGUUUGCAGCAAUUGAAGUAAGCUGAGGACAAAGGGGGAAAGCAGGUGUAGGAAAGACAAGCUGAGACAUUUUAAAAGGUGCUAGAAAAGUGGGAUAGCAGAGCAAGAACUGGGACUGCCCCUGCCAAAUUUGACCAUCUGGAGGGUAUGAGAUAGGGUAAAAUUGUACCACCCAAAAUAUUUUGCUUGAAAGUGCAAUUAAUGAAAAAGAAGGAAUGAUAAGAAAAAUGUUACUAAUGGUGAGUAGGCUGCAUGUCAUGGAAGGCCACCACCUUCAACUUGGGAGGAGAAUGGCCCAGGAGAAAACCAUGGAGUCAAACACCUCCAAGCCACCAGCCCCAUCUCUCUCCUCCAGCUCCCACUUCUGGAAAUCAUGAAUUCAUGGCAGCCACAGUGCUAAUGGACCAUCACUGGGCAUCAGGCCAGAGCCUGCAUCUCCUAGAACAAGUGCCCACUGCCUUAUCCCUGUGGCAUCGACCAACUUGACCAGAACUUUGCAAGACUCUGUACUCUGCAAGAGCUAUCAGCUCCUUCGUUGCUGAACAAAUAUUAUGUUUGCCUAGCGAACCAUGUAAUGCAA